GCGUGGUGGGUGUCGGGGCUACCGACUGCUGUGGCUUAUCUAUAAUGACCUAAAGCCGUGUAUAUAAUGACCUAAUGCGACUUCUCUAAUGACCUAAUGACCUGCGGAAGUCACGCCCACCAUGACCUAGACACGUGAAAGACACCAGUGCCUUCACUCACCAUGGGACCUAAACUGUCCAAAUUCACGGACACCGUGGGCAAACGGCUCUGUGCCCUCAACCCAGGGGCAGAUAACCCGGGGGCAGAUAACACAAGGGCAGAUAAUGCAGUAAAUCAAAGAAACAACGAAACCGGACACGACCCAGCAGUUCAUGGUGCCAGACUAGAAGAUAGAAACUACAAUAACGAGGGCUUCAAGAAACGUGCAGCCGACCCAGGCGAGCAGCAGCAACAGCAUCAGGCGGCCGUGACGGUACAGACCCAGUACAGGCAGCAUGCAGCCAAACAGGAGGUGGAGGAACUCAAGGCUGAGGAGGCGGCCACCAAAAUACAGGCGGGCUUCAGAGGGUUCAUUGACCGAGAGAACGUCAGGAAGAUGAAAAAUGAACCAACCAAGGAGAAAGUUCGUCGCCACAAAGAUCAAGAUCACAAAGAUCAGGAUCACAAAGGUCAGGAUCCUAAAGGUCAUGACCUCACUGACCCGGCCUUGCAAGAGGCAGCGGUCAAGGUCCACUCGGGUAUCAAGGGCUACAAGGCCAGACAGGAAGUUCAAGGUUCAGAGGUCACAGACGAACAGAAGAAAGAAGGUUCCAGAAAACACACAAUCGAAGACCCGGAGAAGGCGGCGGCCCUGAUCCAAGCAGGGUUCAAAGGUCACCUGACCCGCCAAGAGUUGAAGAAGAAAAAGUUAUCGCAAGACGUUGAGAGAAAACAUAGUCACCAGGAAGAGAAGGCCGCCACAAAGAUACAGGCAGAGUUCAAAGGUUAUAAAGCUCGUAAAGAAUUUCAGCACAAGAAAGCAGAGCAGGAGAAGAAGAAGACGGAGGAUGUGAAACCUCCAGAGGCUGAGGAAGUCAUAGACAUCGACCUGACUGACCCUGAUGUGGCUAAAGCCGCGGUCAAGAUUCAGGCCAGCUUCAAAAAUCUCAAACUGAAAAAACAAAAGGUGACUGACAGCGCCAGUUCCAUUGCUGAGAGCGGAGCCAGCCUGGCACCAAGCCCCUCCCCCACACAGCAGCACGCCGCCACUAAAAUACAGGCAGGUUUCAGGGGCUACAGGACACGCAAGGUGCACAACAGCAAGCACCGCGACGCCGGCAACAAGCACCACGACGCCAACACAAACAAUAACAGCGUGGACAUUGAGGACCCAGAGGUGGAGAUGGCGGCGGUUAGAAUUCAGGCCGGCUUUAAAGGAAUGAAAGCCAGGAGAGAGAUCAAAAACAAGAUGGCGGAGAGGAAGAGGGAGGAGGGAGGAAGUUUAGAGGAGGGGGAUGAUUUUCCAGCCCCUCCUUCUUUUAUUGAGCUGACUCAGGAGGAAGCUGAGGAGGAGGGAUUAAAUGAUGAGGAGGAUGUAGCGACAGAGAGGGAGGGGGAGGGGGAGGAUGUAGCAACAGAGGGGGAGGGGGAGGAUGUAGCAACAGAGAGGGAGGGGGAUGGGGAGGGUAGAGAAUCUAGGGUUGAGGGAGGGGAGGGGGAGGAUGGCGAAGUUGAGGGUGGGGUGGGGGAGGAUACAGAAACUGGAGUUGAGGGUGGGGAGGGUGAGACAGAGGAGGUAAAAGAAGAAGAGGAAACAGGGGAGGGGAACACGGAACACAAUGAAGAGAAAACAGAAGGGGAGGGUGAACAGCAUGCUGCUGAUGAAAGUGAAGAGAAAGAUGGAGAGGAAAGCAAAGAUGAGCAUUCAGCUAAUGAGGCUGAGUCAUUGUUUGAUUAA